AUGGCAUCAUCGGCUUCCGGAAAGCCCAAGCGCGGCCCAACUGUCUUGGUGACCGAUGCUCGUGAAGUUGGCCGCACCCCCAUCCGUCCAGCUGUCGCCCAACGCAUGGGUACCAAGCUCAUCAGCGUCGACAAUGUCCUGCAGUAUGCCUCCGAGAUACCGUCGGGCCAACGCCGUGGCCCUCCCAUGCGUCCUAUGCCCAACCGCACCCAGUCAGGCAGACAUCCAUUAGAUCCCAAGCUUAGCGGACGCGUGACGCCACAGUACAUCCCAGCCCGCUCGAGUAAGGUCAGCGAGAAGCUGGUGCUGCUGCCUGAAGCAGACGCCGAGGUGGACGCCGAGGGGCUCGAGGGGUUCGGCGUAGAUGACGAGGAGGCUGGUCCGCCAGAUGACGAAGAGCUGGAGAGGCGGCGGAUCGAGCGGGGUGUGCGGGAGAAGUCGUAUGCGGAGCGGCUGCCCAAGGCGCGGCGGACGGAGAAGCUGGCGCGCGUGACGGCGUAUUGCACGGCCCAGUCGUACAAGAUGAGAGCGACGACAGCAUUCGUCAAGGACCAGCAUGGAGCGCGUACAAAGUUGUAUGAUGAUUGCCUGUAUACGGUAUACCACUUGCCGCUCCUAGGUGGUAGCGACGGGUACAGGGUGCGGAGUAGCCCGGUGCUGAAAAGCCCGGGCGGAAAGAGCGUGCUGGACGAGGAAAUUGAGCGGAACGAGCGACGGGAAUACCAUGAGGGAUACUUUGGUGACGUCGAGAGCUACGGCGUGCGCGCGCACGAUGAGAGCGGGAGCCCGGCGCAAAGUCCACGUGGAGAGCAGAGCAACAUGCCACCAGAGUCACCAGAGCGCUCGACGCACUCGCGGCGCUCGAUAUCACCGCCACGCAUUGCGCCCAAUGCUCUCAGUUUCGGUGAGAUGUUUGUUUUCUCGUAUGGCGUGGUCGUGUUCUGGAACUUCACGGAGCGGCAAGAGAAGGACAUAUUGGCGGACCUGACCUUUAGCCAAUCCAUCACAAACGUAUCCCUGGUGACUCGGCCGCAGCGCGAGGAGGACUUUGAGACGGAAGAGUUCCAUUUUGAGUACAACCCGAACAUACCGCGACCGCGUGUCUACAACGACAUGAUCACGCUGCGCAGCGGCGACCACAUGAUCAAGCUGGCCAUGAGCCAUGCCAUCUCCCAGAGUACCAAGCUCAGCUUUUUUGAGGAACGCAUGGCCCACAUCAUGCUUGAGGCGCAAUACGUGCCGCGGCGACUGGCCUUAACCGGCAAGCUAGGAAUGGAGCGCUCUGAAGUCGUCAGGCUCCUGGGUCGCCUUUUCAGCACCCGCGUCGACGUGAAUCUCUCAUCAAACAUGCUCGACGUACCCAAUUUCUUCUGGGACUCGGAGCCGACGCUGCACCCGCUGUAUGCCGCCAUCCGUGAAUAUCUUGAGAUUAAGCCGCGAAUCCAGGUGCUCAACGAGCGCUGCCGCGUCUUCCUCGACCUCGCCGAGAUCCUGAGCGACUCCAUCGCCGACAAGAAAAUGACACGCAUCACCUGGAUUGUCAUCAUCCUGAUCAUCCUCUCCAUCCUCGUCACCUGCACCGAAGUCUUCAUCCGCUUCGGCCUCCUCGCCUCCGGGAAGAACAAGGCGCAGGUGGGCGUGGGCGUGGGUGCGCCGCUCCCGUCGCCGCACGAGCUGUAA